AUGGCGAACAAAGGAAUAUGCGACAGCCGUUGUCAGGCGUUUCACGUUGCAAUGAUAAAAAGAGAGGAAGCUGGACGUAUCAAAUGGUUUUUGAAAAAUCAGCAAAAAUUAUUGGAUCGUUUAAAAAUAACCGAAGCCGCGAAAAUAAUUGAAUCUCCCACGCGUGAAUCGCAUGAACAAUCGAGCGCGGACAAUAUACGUUUGAAGCCUUUGCCAAAUUGGAGGCCAUUCGACCCUGAUGAUUCCAUUGAUAUGAAUAUAAUGAGACCAAUCGAUCCACAAAUAAGAGCUCUUUUGUACGAAGACGCUCCUAGCUUCAUCACUGCUGAAAAUUAUAUAAACAAAAGAUUAGAAAACAUUCCAGAAGAUCGUUACUUCUAUCCAGAUUGUACGACUUGGUUACAUGGAUGGCGUCUUUCAGAUUAUCCACCGGUUCCACGAACUAAGGUUGGACAAAGAAAUGUUACGUUUCGGGAGUUUUAUCAUCCGAAAAUAUCGAGUCUUCAAAGAGAUCCAGAUUGGUAUCGUCCAUGUUUACGUGCGGCAUCGAGUUGUGAUCAAGACAGCUAA